AAUAAGCUGUUUUUUUUGAUAUAAUUUGAUGAUAAUGGAAAAAAUGAAGAUUUUUGUUUCGUGUUUUUUCAUCAUUAUUUCGAUUAUUAAAACUACAGCUUCUUAUACACCAGUGGUUAUGUAUCAUGGAAUGGGUGAUACAGCAUAUGGUAGCAUUAAUUCGGUAAAAACAUUUUUAGAAAGUAAAUUUCCUGGAAUCUAUGUUACAUCCAUUCAAAUGGGCAAUAAUGUUGAAGAAGAUUUUCUCAGUAGUUAUCUGAUGAAUUUAAAUGAACAAGUGGAAAAAGCUUGUACUAUGAUCAAAGCUGAUGUACGAUUAAAAAAUGGCUAUCAUUCAAUUGGUUUUUCACAAGGUGGACAAAUACUUCGUGCAAUUGCACAACGUUGUCCUGAACCACCGAUGAAGAAUCUAAUUUCUUUAGGUGGACAACAUCAAGGUGUUUAUGGAUUUCCAAAAUGUAUGGGAACCGUUAAAAUUUGUAAUUACAUUCGUGAAAUGCUUAAUUUUGGUGCCUAUGUUAAAUAUGUUCAAGAUAAUCUAGUACAAGCUGAAUAUUGGCAUGAUCCAUUGCAAGAAAAUUUAUACCGUGAUCGUAGUAUAUUUUUGGCCGAUAUUAAUAAUGUAAAACAACCACGAAAUGAAAGCUAUAAAAUUAAUUUAACAAGGUUACAAAAUCUUGUUUUGGUUCAAUUUCUUAAUGAUACCAUUGUACAGCCAAAAGAAAGUUCUUGGUUUCAAUUUUAUGAACCUGGUCAAGCAACUGUUGUUUACAAACUUCGUAAUUCAACAUUAUAUCAAGAAGAUUGGAUUGGUUUGAAAAAACUUGAUGAAACUAAACGAUUGAAAUUACUAGGUACCAUAGGUGAUCAUUUACAAUUUCAUGUACAUGGAAAAUGGUUUUACAAUGAAAUUGUUGAACCAUAUCUGUCAAAAUAGAUUAUUAUUAUUAUUAUUUACAAUUUACAAUCUAAUUUA